AUGUCUUCGUUACCCAUCAAGCUCGCUGUUCUCGAUGACUACCAUAACAUAGCAGCAAAGCACUUCACCCACAUCGACUCCUCCAAAGUCGAUAUAACCGUAUUCAACGACACCCUGCCAUCCUACUCGCAUCCUCGAACCUCCGAUGCCGACCGCAAAGCCCUCGUCGACCGCCUCAAACCCUUCGCCGCCCUAUCAACUAUGCGCGAGCGCACUCCCUUCCCAGGCGAAUUACUUCGUCAGCUACCGAACCUCAACAUAGUAUUCGCUACGGGUGGAAAGUUCGAAAGCUGGGAUCUGGAUACAAUGAAGGAUAUAGGUAUCACGGUGUGCGCCGCGCCCGGCAAGGGUAGAACAGAUGGCAAGGGUAGUGGUGCGUCUCCGCGUUCUUUGCCAAUGAAACAAGGUGGUGGUCAUCCGACGACACAGCAUGUUUGGGCGCUUAUAUUGGGUCUUGCCCGGAACAUAGCCGCGGAUGAUGCUGUCGUCAAGGGCAAAGGUGUGCCAGCUGGGUGGCAGACUGAACUAGCGAUGGGAUUACAGGGAAAGACGUUAGGCUUGGUUGGUCUAGGAAGAAUUGGAGCGCAUGUCGCAAGAGUUGGCGUGCUCGCUUUUGGCAUGAAGAUUGUGUGUUGGAGCGCGAAUCUGACACAAGAGAAGGCUGACAAACUGGCUGAAGAAUGCGGCCUGCCGGUGACCGGUGGAGGCAUGACUGGUAAGAACGACAAGACAUUUAAGGUGGUCGCCAAAGAACAGCUUUUUACAUCUUCUGAUGUGGUAAGCGUACACUACGUCCUUAGCGAACGAUCGAAGGGUGUGGUUGGCACACAGGAGCUGCAGUGGAUGAAACCGACAGGACUCCUUAUCAAUACCUCUCGCGGACCACUCGUGGAUGAGAGCGCAUUACUGGAUACGCUCCGACACGGACGCAUACGUGGCGCUGCCCUCGAUGUGUUCGACAUUGAACCUCUUCCCGCUGAUAGCCCAUGGCGGAAUGAGGACUGGAACGUCAAAGGCAAGAGCCGAGUGUUACUAACGCCACAUAUGGGGUAUGUUGAAGAGGGAACCCUGAUGACCUGGUACGAAGAGACAGCAGAGAAUCUGGAGAGGCUGGUUGCGGGGAAAGAGCUGCUGCAUCGGGUCAUUUGA